AUGAUUGAGUCAGUCAAAUUAAGAAGACAGUGCAUGCUGGAUUUCUACUCACAUUAUGAACAUCUUUGUGAACGUCAAGGCUCUGUCCCACUGAAAGCUGUGAAGGCUAACCUGUCUCAGGGUGCUCUUGAUCUAGUUGUAGAUAACAUCAAAGCUACUGAUUGGGCACCGCUUCUGAAUGCUAUCAAGCAUGAUAAAACUCUGACUUCUAUUGGAAUAAGAAGUUUUCAUCAACACAGUCUUGAAGAAUCAGGUGUUGAAAGAUAUAAAACUUACUUUAAAAGGACAAUUCCAUCAAUUCCAGCAAAAGACUUGGCUGGCCAACUAUGCAAAGCUGUGAAAAGCUGUCUCAGUAUAUCAGAUGCACUAAAAAAUUUAGAAUUGCAGGGUUUGCUUCUGAGGGAGAAAGAUCUAAUACAUUUAACAAAGGGUUUGGCUGCAGCUUCAUCUCUGGAGAGUGUCUCUUUAGCCCACAGUCCAAUUGGAGAUGGAGGAUUGGAAUUAAUCUGUCAGAGUUUAAAGAAUUCAGCUGCUAUCAGGUCUGUAAACUUCACGGGAUGUAGCCUCACAUGGCGAGGGGCAGAACAUAUAGCAAAUGUAUUAAAGCACCAGGCAAUGAGAAGACAUAGUGAAGCUUGGGCUGAAAGCCUACGUUACAGGAGACCUGACCUUGAGUAUAUGACAGGCUUGAGGCGAAUUACUUUGAACUGCAACGUGCUUGUUGGAGACAGAGGAGCAAGUGCCUUUGCAGACUGUCUAGGAGAGGACCUUUGGCUAAAAGCACUUGACUUGCAGCAGUGUGGAAUAUCCAAUGAGGGAGCAAGGUCAUUAUUAGAUGCUCUUCAAACAAAUACAACAUUAGUGGUACUUGACUUAAGGAAAAAUCCAUUAAUUGGUCACGUUAUGAUGAAAAACAUUAUGGAAAGAGUUCUUAUGAAUGGAAAUAGUGCUAAUUCAGAGUAUAAGUGGCUGACGUCUCCAUCUUCCAAGGAUGCUUUGAAAACUAGACCAAAGAAAAGAACUAUUGUCCUAGGAAGUGGUCGAAAAGGAAAAGCUACUAUUCGUAUUGGAUUAUCAUCUAAAAAAUCCAUAAGUCCUGGGAAAAAAAAUACAUCUGUGAAAGAUAGUUACUCACCAAAACCACUACCACCAGGCACGAAAGGCUUCCUUCCUUGGCGCACAGCAGAGCGAGCGAAGAGAGUCAGAGGGGGGGCAGUGGAUCGUGCUGGAGAAUUGCCAGUGAAGAUUCAGACAAGUGUUCCUGUGAAAGUGACAUUAGAAAGUGCCUCUUCAUCUGAAACUGAAGGCACAGAAGAUUUGGAUGAUAUCCACCAUCCUGUUUUGGCAAAAUCAUUAGAUAAGAUUAGUGUAACGCAGUAUCAACAGUUGCAGUUGAAACUGGAAGAAUGCAUGGAAAAAUUAAAGGAAGAACAAAGAGCUAGAGUAAAGGCUGAAGAGCGGAUAAUGGAGCUGGAAAUUGAAAAUGCAAGAUUAAGGAAUAUAAAUAUCUCCCAAUCAGAGGUUCUUCAUGCACAGUCAGUAACCAGCAUGAUUUUGGAAGAUGAAGGUGUUCUAGGCAGCAUUGAGAACUCUUUCCAAAAGUUUCAUGCUUUUUUAGACCUCCUUAAAGAUGCUGGACUUGGACAACUUGCUGUACUAGCUGGCAUAGACCAGUCAGAUUUUGGUCUUUGGGGGCAUGCACAAAUGAGUUCUAUUCUUGGUAAACCUGCUAACACAGUGAAGGAGAAGUCUUCGGAAGAAGAAAGACAGGAACAUAUCCAGAAUAACAAAAACAGAGCUGGGGAUGUGCAAGUUUCUCUUCCUGGCACGUUUCAAUCCCAGAUGGUUGUAAAUAAUGCCUUCUCUGCACUUAGAGAAAUACAAGAACUUCAGACUGCUGGACAGCAGUACCAGUCAGGCUCAUGGAGGGAAAAUGAAGCUCAAACAAUUGACCAAAAUAAAGAGGAUAAGCCUCAAUGUAGUACCCCAAUAUCCUCUGAGAGAAGAGUCAAACAAAAUGAAAAAGCUAAAGGACAUCACUCAGCAAAGCAGUUGAAUUCAUUUUCUGAAUCCAGUCUGAAUUCAUUUUCUGAAUCCAGUAUACAUGUUAAAAGUAAUGAUAGCAGAAUAUCCAGUGGUAUUUCUGGUGAAAAAAGCAAAAAUUCUUCUUCUAAGAAAUAUCUCUCUAGA